GAGCGCUGGUAGGAAGUGUGUUUAUUUACGAUGCUAUGACACUUAACUCUGAAGUCUCGAUAUUCACCAACCACUCCAUCAUCCUGGGAGGAUUAACUGUGUUUUCUGUGAAAACGAGCGUGGCUGGUUUUACCUCAGACUCGGAAUAACCGCCAGCUGUCUGUUUUUCCGCUCAAACUGCGUAUGCUAGUUUUAGCUCAGUGGCUAGCUAAGUUGGACCACAACCUUGCCCUGUCCGUCACCCAAACCACGCUGUGUUCUGAGGUGAAAGCUGCUCAAGAAGUUCGUCGUCGUUGUUCUCUCUGUCCUUGUUUAACUGAAGUCUUGGAGUUAAUGUGGAAACACUGUCUGAGAGUCCUCUUUGUUUGGUUUAUGUAACGCUAACUGUCCCCCUGGUGCUGUCCUCGGUGCUUUGACAGGACAGGACCACAGACUGACAGGGGCAUUAGGCUGGCAGCGACAUGGACUCGGUGAAGAUGGGUCGAUAAGUCGGUGAGGAGUUACAACUGUCGUCUUUGGCGACGUUAACCUCAGCCCUGUGGGGGCUCUCAUUGAGAGCUGAUUUCUCAGGUGUUGCUCUCACCUGCUCCGAGCCGGCACGAUGUUGGAAGGUCUCGUUGCCUGGGUGCUGAACACCUACCUGGGAAAAUAUGUCAGCAACCUGAACACAGAUCAGCUCUCCAUCGCCCUUCUUAAAGGAGCGGUCGAGUUGGAGAAUCUCCCUCUCAGGAAAGAUGCCCUCCGAGAGUUCGACCUGCCGUUUGAAGUCAAAGCUGGCUUCAUCGGGAAGAUUACUCUGCAGAUCCCCUUCUACCGGCCUCACAGUGACCCGUGGGUGAUCUCCAUGUCCCAGCUCAACCUGAUCAUUGGCCCCGCCCAGCUGCAGGAGUAUGACGACGAGAAGGAGAAGGAGGAGGAGAGAGAGCGCAAAAAACGCCUCCUCAAGGCUCUCGAAGACAAAUUUAAAAGUGAGUGUGAACAGAGAGGAGAGUCUUACUGGUACUCCGUCACCGCCUCAGUGGUCACCAGGAUCGUGGAAAACAUCGAGUUGAAGAUCCAAGAUGUUCAUCUUCGAUUUGAGGACGACUUCUCCAACCCUGAGAAACCUUUUUCUUUUGGGGUUUGCAUCAACAACGUUUCAGCUCAGAAUCCUUCUAAAGAGGCAGUACAGAGGCUCCUCAGACAAAAGCAGCUGGAGAUCGAAGACUUCAGUGUUUACUGGGACACUGAGUGUGAAAUGCUGGGAAAGCUGCCUGCGAAUCAGAUCCAGGAAGCAAUGACUCGCUGCAUGCAGAGCCGGGAGCACCAGUACAUCUUUGAACCGGUUUGUGCCUCUGUGCUGCUCAGAAGAAACACCUCCAAGGAGCCUCUGAGGUCCAGAAACACGCCGCGGAUUGAGGGCCAGGUCCAGCUGGAGCCCAUGUCUUUACGCCUAUCACAGAUCCAGUACCAGCAGAUCAUGGCGUUCCUGAAAGAGCUGGACCGGCGGGAGAGAGAGAUGCUCUAUCGAAAGUGGAGGCCCAAAGACCCCAUUUCUGGAAACUGCCGGCAGUGGUGGAUGUUUGCCAUCGAGGCCAACCUCAACGAAAUCAGGGAGCAGAGACGGCGAGGCAGCUGGGAGUUCGCCUUGCAGCGUGCACGAGACGCCCAGACGUACACCAGCCUCUAUUUCAGGAGGCUGAAAGGAGUCCCACUCAGUCCUCAGGAGGAGAGUGAGCUGGAGCGAGUGGAAGAGGAGCAGACGUUAGAGGAGCUGCAGAGUCUCCGAGAAAUUGUCCAUGACUGGUUUCGAAAGCAGGAGGAGAUUGCAGAAAAUGUACGAGAGCCCAGCACCGAGGUCCAGCUCUGUCCACCUCCUGGAUCCAUCCCCAAGAGUGGGAGCUCAGGGAUGAUCCAGUACCUGCAGUCGUGGUUCCCGGGUUGGGGAGGCUGGUACGGAGAAUCUCAGGAUCCAGACAGGCCUGAAGAGCUCCUGCCAAGCCCUUCCUCCUGGGAUAUUCUAGCAGAGACAGAGGACUUGUUCGACCCAUUGGAAGACUCUCACACUCUGAACACCUUCACCAGACGGGAUCACUUGUUUGCUCGAUUGGAGUUCUUACUGGAGAAGGGCGGAGUCACGCUCUUCCACCAGGACAGGAGGGAGGGCACACUGCAUGAGAGCGGCGUCAUCCAGCUAGAGUUCUCAGGGGUGAAGGUGAUUUUAGAGUCUCUCCCACGCUCCGAGUCCUCCCUGCUGUCCGUUAAGCUGGGUGGUUUGUUCCUGAGGGAUUUGACUACACAGGGGACCAUCUUUCCCGUCCUGGUGUCUCCAAAAACGGACAAACUGUUGGUGACCAUAAACCAGCAAUCAAGUCAGUCCAGCAAUACGUCAGAGUGCUCUUCCUCCCCCGUGUUUGAAAUGAUUUAUGAGCGUAAUCCAGUCAGGUGUAAGUUUGAGAGAAGGCUGGAAGUCAACACUAGUCCACUGAACAUCAUCUACAACCCUCAAGCAAUCAAAAAAGUCACCGAGUUCUUCUAUAAAGGAAGAGUUCAUACAUCAGGGUUUGGAUAUCAGUCAGAGCUGGAGCUGAGAGUAGCCGAAGCUGCCAGGAGACAAUACAACAAGUUGAAGAUGCAGACAAAAGCAGAGAUCAGACAAACCAUUGAUCAGCUACUCGUGGGAGAGUUUAUUGAGAACAGUAAGCGUUGGACGAUGAAACUGGACAUCUGUGCACCUCAGGUGAUUUUCCCUGAUGACUUCCAGUCAGGUGACCCGAUGCUAGUUGUGGUUGAUUUGGGCAGAAUCCUCCUCACUAAUUCUCAAGAUGACACUAAAGUUAGCUCAAAAGCUUCUCAACCUCAAAGGGAAGACAUGAGCGACGAUGAGUUCCAGACACCUCUUGCCACCCCGCCAGAGUCUCCACCGCCUGAGCUAGACCUCCCACAGAAAGAACAGCUGAAAUGCACUGAACUCCCUAGCCUCAGAUCCCCUGAGACUACACAAGCUUACAGCAGGAAGCUUUAUGAGAAGUACUCCUUGUCCUUUAAAGACUUGCAGAUAAUGGUUGGGCGCUGUAAAGACAACUGGAAACAUCUCCAAGAGAGUGAGGUAGGGCCUACUCAUGUUGUCGAGAAAUUCAACGUGCUGCUGCAGCUCGAGCAAAGACUGCGCUACACAUCGGACCCCCAGCUUCCUGGGGCGGUGCUCUCAGGAACUCUACCAGACCUGAAGGUUCAUAUCAACCUUGAGAAGAUGACUGCCCUCAGGAGCUGUUUAGCACGGCUAAGCAGUCCAUCUGCAGGUGAAGAGGACAAAUAUCCAGAGAGUGGAUCAAAUAUAAGAUCUCCUGACCCUAUUACCCUCCGCCAUGACAAGAUCUUUCAGAGAGAGGACAGCUCCUGGAAGCUGCAGGGUUCAGCAAAGAACCUGACCCAGAGUGUUAUGACGUUAGAGCAACACACGAGGGAAGUUCUGGUGGAGUCUCGUCUUCUGUUGGCUGAAUUCAACAUUAACUACAUGCAGCUUGGCGUAGAAAGCGAUGGCCGCUACAUAUCUGUUCUCAAGGUGUUUGGCACUAAUGCUCAUUUUGUCAAGCGGCCAUACGAUGCUGAAGUCUCUUUGACUGUCCAUGGUCUUCUUCUGGUCGACACCUUGCAGACAUACGGCUCAGACUUUGACCUUCUUGUAGCGUCUCAUAAGCACCUUAGUUUUGACAUACCCACAGGCAGUCUUCGAGAGAGCCAGCCAUCAUCGCCAGUGUCGUCUGAUGGUAGGUCUCCCAUACAUCAGGGUCACUAUCCCGAGUCAGCUCCUGGUGUGGAUAGGCUGUCCCCUUUCAGUUCUUUCCUCAAAGACCAGGAGGCUUUAAUAAAGCUGGAGUACCAGUUUGUGAGCUCAGACUGCCCUUCCAUGAACCUCGACAGCUCCCUUCAGGUGACAACCAUGCAGGUCAACAACUUGGACAUAAUUCUUAACCCUGAGACCAUGGUGGAGCUGCUCAAGUUCCUCCAGAAGUCUUUCCCCAAAGAGGAAAGCACUUUGUCAUCAUUGCAACAGCAAUCAACACAGCCCAACCCAGAAGAAGGAGAGGAGACAUAUCAGGCCACGUAUGACCAGAACAAAGAGUUGACUGUGGAAAUCCACCGCCUUAACCUGCUUCUCCUUCGGACUGUGUCCACCGGCACGGUUCUUGGGGCUGAGAAGAAAGGGUUGAAGAUUGCCACUGCUAGCAUCACUGGGACCAAAGUCAACGUGUCCAUGGGCAGUCGGUUGGACAUUAAUGGUUCACUUGGAUCCAUGCAGUUGGUGGACUUGACCCAGGAAGGAGGCCGGAGUCAGUUUGUGGUUAGCAUUGGCAAUGUGGAGGACAGCGCCUCCACACUAGGUGGAUUAACUUUCCUUGCUGACACUGCUACAUCUCCCUCCGAGGCUUUAAAUUUUCGCCUUCUGGAGAAAUCCCAAGGGGAGUGUUCAUUGAAACUUGAAAUGGCGUCCUUGCACUAUAACCACUCUGCCAAAUUCUUGAAGGAGCUCAGUCUUUCAGCCAAUGAGGUAGAAGACAAUUUCCGCUCCAUGUUGAAGAGUGCUGCCACGAAAGUGUCGACGGUUCUAGCCUCAAAGACAGCAGAGUACAGCGGUAUGGUGUCUCUCUUUGAGACUCCCUCGCGGAGAACUCGGACUCAUAGCCAGAGCUGGAAUUAUCCAUUCGAGGACGAGGAGGAUCUGUCCAUGGAGGAGCCUGAGCCCACCCUGGAUACAUUCUUUGUGAAGCUGACCCUCAACGUCAGCAUUGAAUCACCAGUUGUGUCCAUUCCCCGUAAGCCUGGACACCCUGAGCUGCUGGUCGGUCAUCUUGGAAGCAUCGCCAUCCAGAACUUUGUCACUGGGCAGGACUCUGAAGGAGAGAAGCUGCAAGUGCUGGUGAAAGACAUCCGGCUGUAUUCACUCAAUAUGAGUCAUCUGGUUUUGAAGAGGACGCCCAGAGGGGACAUCCUUGCCAGUGCUUCACCAUCCCGUAACGGGAGCAUCAGUCAGGAUGAGCCUCAGUUCACACGCCAUGACUUCUUUGAGUCCCUUAGCCGAGGCAAAGCCUUUCAUAUAUUGAAAGACACGACCAUACAGUUCACCAUUGAGAAACUUCCUGUGGAAGAAGACAACCAGUUCACCUUCUUGACCACAGACGAACCCUUCAAGAGCUCUGGACUUCUGAGAGUUGAGGGCAAAUUUGUCAACCCUGUUCAGGUGUUCCUGUGCAAGCCUGUGUACGAACAAGUCCUCCAGACUCUGGACAACUUGUCUCUGAUUGAGGAGAUUCGUGUCACGCCAAGUCAGCCUCCAACACCUCCACCUCCAACGCCUUCCUCCACCCGACACCCCCGCUUUCCAGAUCCUCAGGGAGGCCUGUUUGCCAGAGACCCUCCUCACGUUACCUUCUCUCACAUGUCCCUCCCCUCUCCUUUGCCUCUUCAGUCUCACAAACCAGAUCCUGAUUCUCCCUCAUUCACUCAGCUCAAAGUCACCUUACACGUAGCAGAGCUGCAGGUCCAGCUCAGUGCUGACCUGACGCAGGGAUCCCAGGGUUUAGUCAGCCUGCGCUUCCAAGAUCUGGAGGGAGACUUUACCAAAGACCACCCUCACCUGCUGGCAGUUCAGCUGGCUCUGCGCUCACUGCUAAUGGAGGACCUCCUGGAGCAGAACCCGGAGUCCAAGUACAAACAUUUGAUGGUGUCUCGUGGAGCUCUUAAACCUUCCACCUUCAGUCCAAAGGAAUACCUGUCCCAAAGCUGUCCAUCAGCAUCUAAUGCCUUAUGCCCAGACAUGCCCCGCUCACUGCCCGCCCACAUGGAGGAGGCCCAGAAUGUCUUCCAGCUCUACCAGAGACACCCGAGCACUCCUUCAGCCAGCAGUCGCAAAUCCAAAAGAGACCCGGACUGCCCCAGUACUCCCCCUCCCUCUCCAACCCACCACACCCCGUCCCCUCAUCCUCCGCCUGACUUUGAUGACUCAUUAGUUCAUAUUAAUGUGCUGCUAGUGGACCAGAACCACCCCGAGUUUAAGACACGCUAUGGCAGUGUGGGACGAAGCAUAGACGUUGACUUUAACUGCUUGGACGUCUUGAUCACCCUGCAGACCUGGGUGGUUAUUUUGGACUUUUUUGGUAUUGGCUCCACAGCCAAUAAUCACGCUGUGAGGGUGAACCCACUGUCACCCCAACCAGUGCCAGGACACCCCCUCUACGAGCCGGACAUGGACGAGGAGGAGACAGCUGAGCCCGUCAACACUAAAGUGGACCUAAAGGUUCAUUCUUUGUCUCUUGUACUGAACAAGAAAGUCAACGAGCUUGCCAGAGCAAGUGUUUCCAAAUUAUCUGCCCAUCUGGAAAUGUUAGAUGGAGAUUUGGCCUUACAGGGUAGUUUAGGAAGUCUGUCCUUGAGCGAUCUUACUCCUCAUGGCGAUCUCUACAGAGAGCGCUUCACCACACGAGGAGGGGAGGCCCUGAUCUUCAACAUCCAUAAGUAUGGUGAGCCAGAUCCUUUGCUGGAGCGGGAAUGUGACAUCAGGGUCUCCUUAAAGAUGGCUUCAGUGCAGUAUGUCCACACACAGCGCUUCCAGGCUGAAGUGGUGGCCUUCAUUCAGCAUUUCACCCAGCUGCAGGAUGUCCUUGGCAGGCAGAGGGCUGCAAUGGAGGGACAGGCUGUGAGGGAUCAUCCUCAGCGGGCGUCCAGGGUUCUGCUGGAUAUCGAUGCCGGUGCCCCUGUGAUCCUGAUCCCAGAGAGCUCACGAUCACCGAGGGUCAUUGUGGCGAACCUCGGCCAGCUGAAGGUGCAGAACGUCUUCCUCCCAGCCGGGGCUUAUGGGACUUUCUCCCUUCGAGACAAGGACCGCGUCCGGAGUGCAGCAGGAAGGAGCAGUGAGCAGGAGAAGCCUAAAACAUCUACUUCCAGCACCUCCUCUUCCUCAGGAUUCACCCUGGGGAGGCCACAGUUCCCUGACACAGGGAGAACUCCUGAUGACGAAGGCCCUCAAAGCUUUGAAGACCAUGUGUGCCUGUUGGACUGCAUCGCCCUGGACCUGCAGGAGAUGGAUAUCUUUGCUGCAGAGCGGAUUCCCAGCCAGCUGUGGGACAGUGUUGUUAAACCUUCAGAAUCAUCAGACCUCAUCUUUCCCUCUUACUCUGUCCGCCGCACCGGAGACAACCUGCUCAAAGACCGCUGCCGCCUCAAGCUGAAAGUGGAACGCAACCUGGACAAAGAGCUGAGCCAUGCAGUUCCUGACAUGUCCAUCCACGGCAGCCUGUCGUCCGUCCACUGUUCUCUGGACCUGGAGCACUAUCAGCUGAUCAGAGGUCUGCUGGAGAACAACCUGGGGGAGCCUGUUGAAGAUUUCUUGCGACCAUAUAAUCUGCAGGACCCCAGUACCUAUACGGUGCUGAGCGGAGAUGUCUACACCACCUUAUCUUUCCUGGUGGACAUGAUGGAUGUCAGUCUGGAGCUGCUGGACAAGCCCAAACUCUUGGAUCAGAAGCGAUCACUAGCAAGGUUCGAUUUCAUGAAGUCGAAGCUGCUCUUUGAAAGUUUCUCCAAUGGGUCCAAGUCUGUAAACCUGGUGUCUCACUCCCUGCUGGCGUAUGACACUCGCUUCACGGGGUUGAAUAAAAGAACAAGUGGAGCAGAUGGAACGAGACCUAAUGCCUUUGACUGCAUCCUCCAGCCCUCCAAAACAGGCACAAAUCGAGCAUCCCUGCAGCUGGAACUGCAUUAUAGAUCAACACGGGACUCCUCCUGCUUCACGGUGGUCCUCAACAACCUCAGGGUCUUCCUUAUAUUCGACUGGCUCCAGCUGGUGCGAGACUUCCUGCGGGGGCCGGCGGAGAAGGCAUCAGAUGGAGGUCGGACACGUCAGCGUUGGCCCAGUAAUGCAAGCACAGACUCGGCCUCCGGCAGCAUGGGCCCCACAACGGUCGGAGCUGUUAUGCCAAAGACUGUGAAGAGCGGGGUGGUCACCAAGAGGUCCACGGUGCCGGUCACCCAGGACCGAUACCUGGAGGUUAAAAUCAACGUCACAGGCACAGAGUUUGUGGUUGUGGAGGACUCGUCCUGUCUGGACACAAAUGCCAUCAUCCUUAAAGGCACCACUGUCCUCACCUACAAACCCCGUCUGAUCGACAGACCUUUCUCUGGAAGCCUCGCUGGAAUAGAGGUGUUCUCCUGUCGGCUGGGCAGUGAGCAGGAAACAGCGCUGUCCAUCAUCGACCCUGUAAACGUUCAGGUGGAGCUGUGUGGGAGCCCCACGUACCAGAGCAGCUCAGGUCUGCUGGACGCCUUCAAUGUGGAGGACAUCCCACCGCUGCUGGAGAUUCAGUUCCCUGCUCUGGACAUCCGUCUGUCCUACAACGACAUUCAGCUCUUCUUGGCCAUUGCUAAGUCCAUCCCCACUGCCACCACGCCACCGCCCACAGUGACCGCACCAGGGGCCGAGUCCUCUACUCCACCCAAAGACAGCUUCAGACAGAAGACUGAGGCUCUCAUAGAGGGUCAGCUGACCCGUUUACAAGACCUUGGUUUCAGGAAAGAGGACUGCAAGAGAGCCCUGAUCCACUGCAAAGGUCAGCUGGAUCAGGCUGCCACGUGGCUCCUUGAGAACGCAGAGAACAUGGCCAGAUCCAGGGCGGACUCUAGCUCCAGCACCCACUCGGCUCCUCUGUCUGGGGUGGAAGUGAAGGCCGAGAGCGUCUGCAUCUGUUUCAUCGAUGACUGCCUGGACUGUGACAUACCACUGGCUGAGCUCACCUUCUCCAGGCUUUAUGUGCUGCAGCGUAUUGGCUCUACUCAGGAAGGAAACGCCAGCUUCGCGCUGUCUGGAGACUACUACAACCGGGAGCUGUCAGGCUGGGAGCCCUUCAUCGAGCCCUGGCCCUGCUCCUUGUCCUGGCAGCAGCAGGCCGCUGGGCGUCUCCACCCUCCACGUCUGAAGAUGGGGAUUAAAGCCAAACAGAGGCUGGAUAUAAACAUCACCUCUGUUCUUUUGGAACAAUACAACACCACAAAGAGCUCCUGGAUGGCAGACUACUGUAACGAGGAGGCACAGUCCCCACAGUCUUCACCUGCCCUGCCCUGGCUUGGCUCCUCAGUUGACCCACCAGCUAUUGCACAGAAUGUAAAGUUGUCCAAGAGGAGGCAGCCGUUUGUGCCAUAUGCUCUGCGUAACCACACAGGAUGUACGAUGUGGUUUGCCACUCUGACUACAACCCCAACAAGGGUGGCGCUGUCUCACAGCAGCAGUGCAGACUCCAUCUCAGAUGUCCACGGUACAGGAAGUGAUGACCCUCAUAAUGUGAGUCAGUGGAGGGAGGUGCUGCCUGGAGAGGAGAUUCCCUUUGAGUUUGAAGCGCGGGAGAAACUCCGACACAGACACACUCACGAGCUGAAGCUGCACCAGCUGCUGGUCCGAGUCUGUGGAUGGGAACAAGUCAAACCCGUGUCCGUGGAUAAAGUGGGCGUUUUCUUUCGCUAUGCAAAUGCAGACAGGAACAGCUCCUCCAACACUGUUGGCAGUCCUAUCAGCAGAACAAACAUCAUCCACCCACAUGUUUAUUUCUCGGCCCUUCCUCCGGUCCGAGUCGUCUUCUCCAUCACAAUGGAGGGCAGCGCCAGAAAAGUCAUCACCGUCCGCUCCGCCCUCAUGGUGAAGAACCGCCUGGACGUUCCCAUGGAGGUCAGACUGGACAGCCCCUCUGCCCCCGACAAGCCGGUGGUGUUACCUCCCAUCCUCCCUGGUCAGGCCUUGGCGGUCCCUCUCCACCUCACAUCCUGGCGUCUCCAGGCCCGUCCCAAAGGCCUCGGUCUGUUCUUCUGUAAGGUUCCCAUCCACUGGACGAGCGUGGAGCGACCCGGAGAGACCAGCAGCAGUAAGAGGGAGUGUCAGUCUGCAGACUUUGACGACAACCUCAAGCGUAACUUCAGGUUCUGUGUGGUCAUCAAAAAGGAGAACUACCCUGACCAGCAGCCUGCCAAAAGGGUUACUGGCAGCGCUAAACAGAUCUACAGACAGCCGGGUCACACCAUCUACCUGCUGCCCACCAUGGUGCUCGCCAACCUGCUGCCCUGUGACCUCAACUUCUACAUUAAAGGGACGUCCAUUAAAGGCUCGCUGAAGCCGGGGAAAGAGGCCGUGCUUCACGCUGCAGACACAUCGCAGAACAUGGAGCUAGGAGUCUUGCUGGAGAAUUUCCCCGUGUGCAAAGAGCUGCUGAUCCCACCCGGCACUCAGAACUACGUGGUCCGAAUGAGGGUGUACGACACCAACAAACAUCUCCUCUGCCUCACCAUCCGCAUCAUCCUGAGGGCACAAGGAGCACUGAAGAUCCUCAUCUCUGCCCCCUACUGGCUAAUCAAUAAGACCGGUCUGCCGUUAAUCUUCCGCCAGGACAACACUAAAGCUGACGCAGCCGGACAGUUUGAGGAGCACGAGCUGGCCCGAAGUCUGAGUCCGUUAUUGUUCUGCUACACCGACAAGGAGCAACCCGCCAUGUGCACCAUGCGGAUCGGAAAAGGGAUCCAUCCAGAUGGAGUCCCUGGCUGGUGUCAGGGCUUCUCCCUGGAUGGAGGGAGUGGCGUCAGAGCGGUAAAGGUCAUCAUGCACGGGAACAGACCUGGACUCAUCUAUAACAUAGGCAUCAGUGUGCGGAAAGGAAAAGGACGCUACAGAGACACUCACAUCGUGACGUUCGCUCCUCGCUACCUGCUGGACAACCGCUCCUCGCACAAACUGGCCUUUGCUCAGAGAGAGUUUGCAAGAGGAAAGGGCACGGCCAACCCCGAGGGUUACAUCUCCACCCUGCCGGGCUCCAGCGUCGUCUUCCACUGGCCUCGUAAUGACUACGACCAGCUGCUGUGCGUACGCCUCAUGGACACCAAAAACUGCACCUGGUCUGGAGGCUUCGAGGUCAACAAACCAAAGUCCUUCCACGUCAACAUGAGGGACACUCUGGGGAACUGCUUCUUCCUGCGGACUGAGAUCACCUUGAAGGGAGCCACGUACCAGAUCUCCUUCACUGACACCGACCAGCUGCCUCCACCUUUCCGCAUCGACAACAUCUCUGAAGUUCCAAUCCAGUUCUGGCAGCACGGCGUGGCAGACAUCCGGCUGCACACUGAGGUGAAGGCGGGCUCGAUGCUUGACUAUGCCUGUGAUGAGCCCACGCUGCCCCCCUACCUCACCCUGACCGUGAAAGGAGCCGGAUCCUCAGAGGUCACAGCCGACAUGAACUUCUUCAGAGAAUACAACAAGCUCUACUACGAGAACUUCAUCUACAUCGCUGCCACACAUACGUUCUCACAGAGUGUUGAGAGGCGACCUGUUGGGAAGAAGCGCCCCGUGAGCUCGGCUGAACUCGUACUGGAUGUCGACACAAAGACUCAGAGAGUCAUCCUGAAAAAGAAGGAACCAGGGAAGCGCUCCCAGCUGUGGAGGAUGACCGGCUCUGGUAUGCUGUGUCACGAAGGCUCGUGCCCGCCGCAGAGCAAACCAGCUCAGCCACGCCCACUGGACUCCUCCCUAGUGCUGGACAUCGCUGGACUCGCAGCUGUUAGUGACAACAGUUUUGAGCCGCUGAUGCUUCGUAGGCCGGACUCUCGACGCAGCACCACCCAGACCUGGUACUUCAGCUCAGACAUGCUGACCUGUGGGCUUCCUCGGCUGGUAGUGCAGGUGAAAGGUGGUGUUGCAGGCCUGUAUGAUGGAGCAGAAGUGGUUUUGGGACCGGACUCUGGCCUUAUGGACCCUGGACCUGAGCAGCAAUUUAUCAACCAGAAGAUGAGACCUGGUUCUGGUGUGUUGUCAGUCCAGGUGCUGCCAGACGGACCCACACGAGUCCUGCAGAUCAGUGACUUUAACCAGAGGAGAAUGCUCCGGAGCUCCCCCAGCACUGAUCAGGAGAAGAGCAAAGAGGAGGUGAAGAAGGAGCCGGAGCAGGAGCUGGAGGUGUUGGUGAACCUGGAGGAAGGUGUGGGUGUCUCUCUGGUCAACAAAGCUCCUGAAGAGCUUGUGUUUACCACGCUGUCCGGUAUCGAUGUCCACUUUAUCCGCACUGCAUCCAACGAGGUGCUGGAGCUCAGCAUUCAGAACAUCCAGGUGGAUAACCAGCUGUUGGGCACAACCCAGCCCGUGAUGCUGUGCGUGACCCCCGGCUCCAGUGACAGCGGGAUAAACGACAGCGGCCCCGCCCUACAGGUCAACUCAGUCAAGGUCCCCAGCAACCUCAUGCUCACUGAUCUCUUCAAGCAUCUCAUGGUUACUGCGCGCCGCUUCACAGUCAUCAUUGAGGAGAAACUGCUGCUCAAGCUGCUCAGCUUCUUCGGUUACGGACAGACGGAAGCCGAGCUGGAGAAGUUGGAUGAAAACCUCCAUGAGAGGCCAAACGAGGAUGCAGGACCCCCCAAACGUUACUACUUUGAGAACCUGAAGAUCAGCCUCCCUCAGGUCAAACUCAGCGUCUUCACCUCCCACAAACUGCCACCUGAUCUCAAGGCUCUGAAAGGCACGCUGGGUUUUCCUCUGGUUCGUUUUGAAGACGCCGUCAUCAACAUGUACCCGUUCACAAGAGUACAUCCCUACGAGACUCAGGAGAUCAUCAUCAACGACAUCCUCAAGCACUUUAGAGAGGAGCUGAUCAGUCAGGCCGCUCAGAUCCUGGGCUCUGUGGACUUCCUUGGAAACCCCAUGGGCCUCCUCAAUGAUGUCACUGAGGGCGUGUCCGAGCUCAUCAAAUAUGGCAAUGUGGGCGGGCUUAUACGAAACGUGACUCAUGGAGUUUCUAACUCUGCUGCCAAGUUUGCCGGGACUCUAUCAGACGGGCUGGGGAAGACCAUGGACAACCGACACCAGAGUGAGCGAGAGUACAUCAGAUAUCACGGAGCCACCAGUGGAGAGCACCUGGUUGCAGGAAUCCACGGACUGGCACACGGUAUCAUUGGAGGCAUGACAAGCAUCAUCACGUCCACUGUGGAGGGUGUGAAGACGGAGGGUGGAGUUAGCGGCUUCUUCUCUGGCCUGGGUAAAGGUCUAGUGGGCACUGUGACCAAACCUGUGGCUGGAGCGCUGGACUUUGCCUCAGAGACAGCACAGACGGUGCGGGACAUGGCUAGUCUCAGUAACCACAGGCUGAGUGUUCAGCGCGUCAGGAAGCCUCGCUGCUGUAAAGGUCCUCAGGGUCUGCUUCCUCGAUACCUGGCCACUCAGGCCGACGGUCAGGAGCAGCUCUUCCACCUCACCGACAACAUCCACUCAGAGUUCUUCAUCGCUGUGGAGCCCAUCGACAGCUACUGCGUCCUCAUAUCCUCCAAAGUGGUCUACUUCCUGAAGCCUGGGGACUACGUGGAUCGAGAGGCCAUCUUCCUGGAGGUCAAAUAUGAUGACCUUUACCACUGCCUGGUCUCAAAGGAUCAUGGGAAAGUUUAUGUGCAGCUCACUAAGAAGGCAGAGAACACCAGCAGUGGGGUGGCCAUUCCUGGCCCCUCCCACCAGAAACCCAUGGUCCACGUGAAGAGCGAGAGUCUCGCCAUCAAAAUCUCCCAAGAAAUCAACUACGCCAAGAGUCUGUACUACGAGCAGCAACUGAUGCUCCCCGCCAGCGAGAACGAGGACUGCUUACUGCUCGAGUCGUGAUCACAUCGAUUUUUCUACCAGACUUUUCUUACAUCCUGAUGGGAGCGGAGAGGAGGAGACUUUUUGAUUUUUGUAGACCUCGACAUUUUAAAGUGUUUGACAAAAUGCAGUAAAGGGAACCGUCAGACGCCUGUGCACUUGAUUCAGUCAGGAUGUUUGACAAGCACACACAUGUACAAAAACAGAAAACAUAUGCAAGGCAGUGUCAGUAAGACGUGUGUGUAUGUAGAAACACUGGUUCUGUUUAUACGGCCCCCUGUCACUGAGGGGGCCUUUCUUCUUGAUGUGAAUAGACAGACAUGUAAAUAGAGCUACAAACCAACCGUACAAACGUGCUGUGUACAUACUGUAUGAAUGAAUUAUGAAGUAUAACAACCAGAGCUGAUAUAAUGUGAAAUGUAACAAACUGCCUUUAAAACUCUAUUUUGUGUAUAAGAGCCUUUAGUUAGAGGGGGGGUGGGGGGUUGAAUUGCACUGACAAACAUACACACUGGAGCUGCCUGUCACUGUCUCUCUGCCUUUUACAACCACAGACGUGUCCCGACUUUUAUGAAACAGCCCCCUUUUAACGAGCCUGGUGUCCAUCAGGACCCGAGCUCUCAUCUGAAGGAGCGUUUGGUCUUCCAGGAUUCAUCUGUGUGCCGGCUGUCAGACGUUUGGGGGUUUGGUUUGGUGUCAGACGAGAUUUUCUUGAGUUGUGUUAAAAAUAAGGAGAGUCCAGAUCAGGCCUCGAUCCGUGAUCCUGUAAAAUAACAUUCACAUGGACUGUGCUUCCAAUAAAGCAACACAACUGCA